AAUUGCGAAUUCGUCAAUCGCGGCUCUCUUUUACGUCCCUUCGCCAUCUGGACCCAAUUUGUGGGUCAAACGCCUCCCAAUCAUCUUCAACCUCUAAAUCGACGUCGUUCCAUUCUCGAAUCAACAAGAAUGGAGAAUAACAGCGCCAAUGCCACCGCCGACGCUACAGCAGCCGCCGUCGGCAAUGCCAACAACACCAGCAUCAUAUCGCGUGAGUCACUGGAUUCUUUGGCGAGCUGGGUGAGUGCGACCGUGAUCUCCGCGUUCUUCUCUUCUCUCGAGCGCUUUUCGUGCGUCAAUCUCAGUACCACCGACCCCGACGACUCUGACUCCGACGAGGGUCCACUCGCCCCUGUCGAUGACGUUGGCAAGCUCCCGGUCUGAUGAUCUUUUGCCCUCUUACCAUUUCCCUCAGUAUAUCUUAUCAUCAAUUCUCCAAUUUGCUAUGUGAAGUCUAGGGUUUUCAUGGAGCUGGCCCAGCUAAGUCUGUGAUGCAUCUUUUUCCAGUAUUCUUAUAUAAUUUCUAUUUGUUAAUAACCAUAAAAAGUAAAGGUUUCUUCUUGUUUGUUUGAUCUUCUAAAAACGUUAAGACUUUUUUUUUGUUGGAAUGCCUUGUGUGAAUUGGGGAUUACCUUUUGUGUUCAAACAGAAAUUUCAUGGUUGCCAUCUCUACAAAUAUUGGUUU